AUGGUAGUACCUCUUAAGAAAGCACUCGGGGGCUAUGACCACCUCCUAGUCGUGGUCGAUAAGUUCACCAAGUGGAUAGAAUCCAAGACGAUAAUGUCACUGAAGUCAGAGCAAGCAGUCGAGUUCAUGUUGGACAUCGUCUAUCAAUUUGGGGUUCCCAACUGCAUCAUCACCGACAACAGCAGCAACUUCACCUGGAAAAAAUUCCUGGAGUUCUGCGAUAGCUAUGAAAAAAUUCGGGUCGACUGGGCAUCCGCAACCCACCCACGAACCAAUGGCCAGGUGGAACGGUCCAACGGUAUGAUCUUGCAAGGCCUCAAGCCCUGCAUCUACGACAUGCUUAAGAAAUUCACCGAGCGAUUGGUGGCCGAACUCCCCUCCAUGCUUUGGAGCCUGCGAACCACACCCAACAGGUCGACAGGCUUCACUCCAUUCUUCAUGACCUAUGGUGCCAAGGUGGUGCCCCCGACUGAGCUAGACUAUGGCUCACCAAAGGUUCACGCAUACCAGGAGGAUGGCAAGACAACCUCAACAUGCUAG